UCAAUACACCGUUCUUGUCCAGAGCUCUCCAACACGAAUUCGUUGCUCUCUCUUGACACUCUCAGCAUUCUCUCUCUCUUCUUCCUUCUCCUGCUUCUGAUCCCUCGAGUCAUCACGCUUGUCAUAUUUUGAUCUCCAAGAGGAAACAUCAAAAAUGUCCUCGUCAAGUGGCAACUCCGGGCCAGACAAGCCAUUUAUGUGCGGCAUCUGCGACUUCUCCACUGAAUCGGCUCAAGAAUUUUCACAGCACCGAGAGACUCAUGGAGUCAAGCCUUUCAUUUGCCAAUACUGCAAUGAACGAUACGCAGAGGCUGACCACUUGGGACAGCAUCUCGAGACGCACGCUGAAGAGAGGCCUUUCGAGUGCGUAAAGUGCAACAGGAAUUUUACAAACAUGGAAGAUUUUGAUGACCACCUGCUAGACCAUUCCGAGGGUUUGUUCGAAUGCCCGAUAUGCAAUGAGGAUUUUCCAGAUCAAGCCACCCGGGAGGACCAUGAUUGCGAGGGACUAUAUCCCAGCCAGCAGACGUGGCAGUGCGAGAACUGUGACAUGGAGUUCGAGGACGAAGACAGUCUUGAAGAACACAUGGAAGAACAUAUGGCCGACUGGUGCACGUGCUUCAGAUGCGGGGCACAGUUCCCCGAUCGAGCCAGCCUUGAAUGGCAUGACCAUGAGUGCAUGUACUAGUCACCCGGACAUCCAGCCCAGACCGUUG